AUGAAACGAAUUCCUGGCGAGCCCUUAAGCAAAGCCUGGUCAAAGCUUUCUACACAUGAAAAGGAGGGAAUAGCAAAACAGACCGCGGAGUAUCUGCUACAACUUCGCAAUCUCCAGUCCGACAAGACCCAAUCUCUUACUGGCGGUCCAGUGUAUUUAGAUUUCCUAUUUAGGAACAAAGAUUCCCAUCUGUCCCAUGGUCCUAUUACAACCCAUGACGAGCUUUGGGCUCACAUGGAGCGUGGAUUGAAUGAAGCCAUAUCUGAGGCUGUGCGCAUACGACUUCGGCAACGUAUGCCACCUGCGGCACCUUAUACCUUUACGCACGGUGACCUCACUAAUGUUAAUAUCAUGGUUGAAAAUGGAUGUCUUACUGGGAUUAUUGAUUGGGAGACAUCCGGAUAA